AUGGUAUAUGAGCACGAGGAGGGUGCCAUGAAAAAGGCAGCAAGGCAACACUUAUAUAGUGUGCCGCUUAGUGGUGCAUCGACAUAUAACGAACACUUUAAUGAAAUAGAAAUGGCGUGGCUAACAAAACUAAAUGCUGACGACUUUAUAUCGCUUGAAAAGGAGGGGAAGUGGAAGCGUUGGGAGGACUGUGCUGCAUGGCUGACGUCCCAUUCAGUAACCACCGACCGCUAUCUUGUUCCCAAUUUGGAAGCGAUUGGAGGGCUGGAAGAGUUCCGGUUCAAAAAGAUAACAGCUGAGGAGUUGGAGUGUUUGAAGUGCUGGGAAGACCCUUUCUGCCACGGUGAUCAUACCUACCGGUAUGUGCUUGGGGUGGAGCCUCGUGAUUUAACUGAUGAACUAUGUUUUGGCAUAUUGUUGGCUAUGAGUGGUUUUGAUCCCCUUUUGACGAACACCACCAUGACAUAUUCUGGUGCUUCCAUGAUGGCUGAGUGCAUCAGACGUGGCUUCAAACGAACCCCGAUUGGUCACUAUGGAAUGAACGGAUAUAACAAUGAAAGAAUGAAAGUUGAAUAUGUACCAACUCCAAUGGAGGCUGUGGCGGACAAAGCCAAACUGCAGAUGCAUCGAGCUGCAUUUGCUGGUCAUGGCUUGAAGCCGCAGCUGGUCCGCAUCUCCCACAAUCUUACAACUGCUGCUUUGCAAUUCACCGAGAAAAGGAACCCCUUGGCAAUGGAGCUGACAAAUCAUCUUCCUGAAUUGAAAAUUGCAACUGGCCCACUUGCCUCUUCUCAAUCUUUUACUGGCAUACCCCCCCCCCCAAAUAUAUGUCUCUUAAAAUCUGUGUUCCAGUGCUCCCUACUAGUUCCAUGCCAUACACUCUGA